AUGUUUCAUUUAUACGAACUGUUAAUGUUUUUUUUAAGACAUCCAAGAGAUGAAUAUGAUGAAGAAUUUUUAGGUCCUAUAUUUAUGCAUUUUUAUGAUAAAAAUUAUUAUAGGAAAGAUUUAAUUAUAAAAAAUCGAAGAGGAGAGAAAUUAAAAUGUUCUUUUUUCACACCUUUUAAUUAUAAUGAGAACACACCUUGUGUUAUAUAUACACAUUCUGCAAGUAGUUGUCAAUUAGAAGUUUUGGAUAUACUACAUAUUCUUUUAUUAUGUGAAUGUUCUAUAUUUUCCUAUGAUUGUUCAGGUUGUGGUUUAUCAGAUGGAUAUUAUUCUACUAAGGGUUGGAAUGAAUCUCAAGAUUUAUAUUUGAUAUUAAAUCAUUUACAUAAUGUAGAAAAGAUAAAAAAUUUUGUUUUAUGGGGAAAAUAUUCCGGUGCUGUAACUUCAAUAAUAGCAGCAGCCUUGUAUGGAAAUAUAAAAUUGUUGAUUCUGGACUCACCAUAUGUAUCUUUAAUUGAAUUAUAUAAAACAACAUUUCACUUGAACGCUAAGAAAAAAGGAGAGAUAUUUUUUAAAAAUGUCUGUUUAUAUUUAGUAAGAAAACAAAUUAAAAAGAAGUUCCAUUAUGAUAUAAAUAAUGUGUGCCCAAUAUUUUUUAUUGAAGAUAUUACAAUACCUACAAUUUAUAUUAUUUCAAAAAACGAUAAAAUAGUACAUCCUGUUCAUUCUUUAUAUUUUGCAUAUAAACAACAAAAAGCAUAUAAAAUUUUUUUUAUAUCAGAAUCUUCAACUCAAACAUAUGAAAAUUUUUCUUAUGAAAAUAAAUUAACUAUAGCUAUUAAAACCAUAUUAUAUGGAUACUCUAUUAAUAGUAUAGAAUUUAAAAAAGUCUUUGAUGUAUAUGCUUAUUGGAAAUUAUUUUAUAGUUUGAAAGAUAAGUAUGAAAAUGAAUUUGAUUUUAUUGAUAAAUUAAUAACAAAAAAAUUAAAUCAAAAAAAUAAAAUUAUUAAAAAUGUUAAAAAGUUUAUUCUAUUCAAGUAUGAAUCCAAGUCUUCCUUAAACUCAUCAACCCAGUCAACUAUGGAUUCCAUUAGAGAAUUCAAUACGAAUAAGGAAUAUUCUCAUGACAAAUUAUUCGCAGAAAAUAAAUGUGAAAACUAUAAUAUUGACCAAUAUAAGCAUUCUGGAAAUAUUAGUGAAUGCUUAUUUUCUGAUAUCGAUAUUAUGACAGUUGAUCAUAACGUUACCACCAAUACUUUUAAAGAUAAACUUUUGAAUAAUUUACAUAACUUUAAUCAAACAUAUGGAAAUAUUGAAGAACAACAAAAAGAAUCGGAAUUAUUACACAUGCAAAGCGCAAGGAGUUCUUUAAAAUCAAAGAAAAAUACAUAUAAAAAAUCUUUAACAUGGGAUAGCAAACUUCAGAGUUCCAUUACUUAUUUCAAAGAAGAUUGUCCAUUUCAAUUGUUAAAGAAUGAUUAA